UAGCCAUUGUUUGCACAGUUUUCGUUUAACGUUAGGCUUAGAUUAUUUGAUACGGGUAUCGUUACAUGGUGAACAUCGAAUUCAGCAGUAGUAGGCUUUAAGCUAGACUUUUUCCUGAACAGUUCUAUAGCGACAUCUAUUUGCACGACUGACUGAAUUUGUUAGACAUGAGUAGCAGACAGCUAGCGAAGGCGCAUCCGAGUUGAGGUUAAAAUGAGUUCCCUGAACGCUUGAUGGACGCUCCAUCAAAACUGUGAGAAUCGUUCGCCGUCAACUAGUGCAGUUAAACCGAUGAAUGGUGACGGAAAAGCAAAAAAAUUACUACACCUAUUUGGAAAGUUGGGAAGUCAACCUGUUCAGCCUACACCAUGGAACGGUCGUAUAAUUCAAAAGUGUAUGAAGUCGCAUUAAUAAUGCACAUAUUUCGUCUUUAGUGGUGCGCUUUGAUGGCAUGGAAAAAAUCGCGUGGAAGAAAGCCUUUAAAAGAUAUGUGCAAAUUAAGUAACGACAGUGCCUGAAUACAAUUUGCACAGUUAACCCACAGUUCUCCUCAAUUUCCUCCUAUUGGGCUAAUGAAUGACGGACUUUCACGGAGACCGGGCGAUUACUCGCCUCGUAGUUCACCCCGAGGAAACCGUUCACCAGUGGUUUCUCGUCCGGACAGCAGCGGCACACUGAAAACGACUAUAUCUCUUCGGUCGACGCCAGCCAUUGUUCACUCGUCGCACUCGGGACCUUUUUAUCUACUAAAGGAGAACUCGAAGUGCGAACAAAUGCUCACUGGCGCGACGAAUAUGAUGCUGCACUACAACCUUGAACAUACGUUUAACAAGUUCAUCGGUCGCAAAGUGAAAGACAAGUUAUCGGCGUUUUUGCCUUCUCUGCCUGGAAAUAUCGACAUUCCCGCAGGAGCAGACGGCACAGGCGAGUCGUCGCUGCGCAAGGUGAUUCAUCAGCCGCCCGUAGGUGGCAAGGAACUGAUUCCUCUCAGUGGUGCUCAACUGGCCGGCUUUCGUCUGCAUCCUGGUCCAUUGCCUGAGCAAUAUCGUACUGCCAAUCUUCAGGCGUUGAAGAAAAAGAAGCAUAAAAAGCACCGUGGAUCCGAAAUUGAACCCACCGGCAGCAGUGGAGCUGUUGGAGCAGGUGGUACGGGUGCUCCAGGCGCUGUUGGAGCAGGAUUGGCGGGUUCGGGAGGCUCUAGCGGGCCGAUCGGAUCAGGUGCUCCAGGUGGCAACGCCGUAGGCAGCUCAAAUCAAAGUGAGAGUGUAUUUAAUGCCGAGGCCGAGAAGAAACACAAGCGUACGAAAAAGCAUGAUGAGGAGCGAAAGAAGAAAAAGAAAGAUAAAAAAAAGAAAAAGACGCGACACAGCCCUGAACCUCCCGGCGCCGGAGGACCGCAUACGCCCACAGUAGCACCAAACACGCCUACUGGUGCCAAUAUGACAAAUAGGGUCACAAUAUAAUCGACCUAAAAACAUCGCUCUUUCUAUAUAUAUAUAAAUAUAUAUAUAUAUAUAGUAAGCGAUAUGUGUUGAAUGAAUGAUGCCAUGAAUGCUAAUGUAACAUGUUGUACGAACCCGAAAGGAUAAAUAGUCUAAACAGUCGAAAGUCUGGGCAGUUAUGAGAGUCGAAAGCGGAUAUAAAGGAGGGCGGUUGGGGUUGUGAAAAAAACGAUGAAUUUGGUAAUGUGAAACGAGAAUUCAUGUGUCGAUAUACAAAGAAAAAGAAUUGCGACAGAUUAAUCCUGACCAAGAUGAAUAAGUGAUUAUAUUGUGUCUCUUUUAGUACAGAACUAAUAGAAUUGAUUAUGAAUUAAUUAUGGUGGGUUGUCAAACCGCUAUACCUAAACCGAUAUACAUACUAAUAUGUGUGCGUGUAUUAGUAUGUAUGUAAUUAAAGAAUUUCGGUAGCUGAUUGACAAACUGAUCGGUCUCUAAACAUAUGUCGGAUACGAUUCGGGAGUAGGCUAUAAUAAUAAUCAUCAUUAGUCAUCAUCGACACCUUUUAAAGAUCCUUUCCAAGCGUUAUACUGAUUCAUCUUAAUAGUACUCUGUGUACAUAUUAGUGGAUAUCAGAUCAGUAUACGCUUACAAAGGGUGUCUACAUGAUGGUACUCUAUUGACUACGAUAUGUGGCAUAUAAAAAGCAUUUCAUGUAGAUAUACAUAUAAAUAUGGCGAAAAGAAGUGCAACUUGGCUAUCGUAGUAAUUGGUCAAAUACUCUGGUAACAUUACAUGAAAUUCCGAGUAUCCAAUAUUUAUCUUUGGGUUUAUUUAAGCGGCAAGCCACACGAAUAAUAUCUACCGGAAAGCGUGUAAACAUGUUGUGAAGUAGAUGUCGGGUUUCCAGGGCCGACGCGGUUUGUCGAACUAUUAUAUGGAAAACUGAAUUGUGAUUAGGAAAAUAGGUGCGACAAAGAAUGGAGUGCAUGUGAUAAGUUUUCCCAAGCAAAUAUCGGAUAUCAAAACACAUUAGGUGUUUGUAUCCUGGAGUUGGAUUUUUUUCUCUAAAGGUCCUUUUGAUCCUAUUUCCUGACCUCGUAGCAUCUAAAUAUUAGUAAAGACAUCUACAUUGUUUCACUACUGUACUAAGUAUUUGUACAAUAAGUUUGAGUGUAUCUGCCAACGAGUAGCGUGCUCUUGAUUGUGUCUGUCAAUGUAAUGUGAACUGUGUACAUUAUAUUUAGCUUUAUUAAGAUAUAUUCAUUUAAUGAGGAGAUCAUUGCAAGAUUUGUUACUCGAAUCAAUGAAAUUAUCUAUAUGUCCUAUCUAGCUAGAUAACUAAAUGUAUUUAAGGGUACAUUCUUUUCCCGACGAAAAAUGGCGACGGAAUGAACAAAUAAAAAUGAGUACGCGGCACAUU